GCUUUGCGGCUCCCGGGCUCUGAAGAUCACACUUCUCCGAAUCCUUUCGCUGUAGAGCCGCCGUCCCUCUGCGGAGUCUCCGAGCCUUCGAGGGACUUCGACUCCCGGAGGCCUUUGCGGCCGACUAGGGUGACUACGUUUCCCAGAGGCCUCUGCGGCGCCGCCACCGGAAGCGGCGAGCGAGUCGAGUGUCCUUGCGCGCGGAGCCGAGGGACCAUGGUGCCCCGAGUGUGGUCGCUGAUGAGGUUCCUCAUCAAGGGCAGUGUGGCCGGGGGUGCCGUCUACCUGGUGUAUGACCAGGAGCUGCUGGGGCCAAGUGACAAGAGCCAGGCUGUCCUUCAGAAGGCAGAGGAGGUAGUCCCCCCAGCCCUGUACCAGUUCAGCCAGUACGUGUGUGAGCAGACAGGUCUGAAGAUACCCCAGCUCCCAGCCCCUCCAAAGUUUAACUUUCACAUCCGCGACUCCUGGAAUUCAGGCAUCAUUAAGGUGAUGUCGGCUCUGUCGGCGGCCCCCUCCAAGGCUUGCGAGUACUCCAGGGAGGGCUGGGACUACCUGAAGAAGCGAAUCAAGUAGCCUGUCAGAGGAGGCCACCUGCCCCAGCCAGGAACAGGGGCAGGGAUGCCAUAGAGCUGGAGACUCCAGACUGGGACUGAGACCCCACGCCAAGGGCAGCUCCCGGCCUUGCUGGCCCAAUAAAGGACUUUGGAAGUGUU